AUGUCUCAACCAAUCGUCCUCUACGAUAUAGCCAUGGCUGGAGAAUCACCCUCUGAGAAGGCCUGGUCACCCAACUCCUGGAAGACGCGGAUUCUGCUCAACCUGAAGGGCCUGUCACACAGAACCGAGUGGAUGACCUUCACGCAAACUCCGAAGACUAUUUCCGCACUGGGUCUUGGGCCACGCGAGACUUCGGAUCCGCGCAAAUACACCGUCCCGACCAUCUACGACCCCUCUACGGACCGCGCGGUGAUGGGCAGCCAGGCUAUUGCCAGAUACCUUGAGGACCAGUACCCAGACUCGCCGGCAGUUCUUCCGGCGGGCACGCGCGCGUUGCAGGCCGCGUUCUAUAACGAGAUUUCGGAGGCGCUCAUCGUGCCUAUCUUCACGUCGCUGGUUGGCAAGCACCUCGAGAAGACUCAGGACGUCGAUCGCGACUACUUCCGCAAGUCCCGCGAGAUCAUCUUCGGCUGCACGUUCGACGAGAUAGCGCCUAAGGGCGAGAAGGUGCAGGCUGCGUUGGAUCAGAUCACCUCUAUUCUCGGCCGUGCUGCGAGUUACAUUUCGGAGGGCCGAGGGAGGUUCGUCGGAGAGAACCGACCGCUGAACGCGGAUGUAAACCUUGUCGCGAUGCUGAUCUGGGCGACGACCGUCGGCGAGGGCACCGCGGUGGCCAAGACGGUCCUCGAGGCUGAUGGCGGUCGCUGGGCGGAGUACAUGCAGGCUUUCGAAAAGUGGAAGUCGUUCCAUUGA